ACUCUCUCCACUGUUUCCGGUUCCUUCUUCACCUACCCUCCCUCAUUCGCACUUAUCUAUCUCCUUCAACCCGUAGAUGCCCACCUUUGUAUCUAUACAGUCAACAACUUGUGGAGGUAAAUUAAAAAAGAAAAAAAGAAAAAUUCUUUGUUUUCUUCUUCUUGGAAAGUAAACGGUUUUCUUGUGAGGUGAUUGCAUUAUAGAUAUUCUGUUGCGUGGAAUGGAAGUGAUCCAAUGGAACUGGUAGAGGAUAAGGAUCUGGUUUCGGGUUGUUUCCAAGAAAAAUCAAAGGUUCAGUUCGCUGUUGGCUUGAUGAACUCUUUAAACUAUCCUUCAAUCUUUUGCUUAUUCUUUGUCGGGGAUUGCCUUGUUGAGCUAGUGAGUAAUUGAAUGAUAUCCACUCAUCAUAUCGUUUAUGUUCUUAUCUUAUUUCGUUUAUUAGGGUAGUAGAUAUACUGAUUUCUGUUUAUACGCUCUUGAAACUAUUGGGGGAGAAGUUUUAUUGUUUGUUUCUGGCUUUUUAAAUUCCGAAUUCUGAUUAAUGGACCAAGAAAUACGUGAUAAUCUGAAUAUUACACACAAUUCAGAUCGUGCUAAUGAGAAUUCUGUUAGUGAGUUUGUGCUUGAGACCGUGAUAGUGGUGAAUUCUGAACAAAAUGGUGAUUUGGGGUUAAGUGAAGGGUUUGUGGAGGGAGGAGAUAGAGCAAUUGAACGGGAAAUGGAAAAGGAGAGAGGAAUUGACAUAAUUGGUCAAGUUGAUCGAGGAAGUAGUGCCGGUUCAGAUGUUUCUGUUCAUGGCCUUGUGCCGGAAACUGUGAUAGUGAUAAAUCAUCAGGAGGCAACUUCUAUUAACAGAGAAAAUGAGGACAUGGGAGUGAGAAGUAAUGAACUAGGUUCAAGUAAGGCAAAGGUUGACAAGCUCAAAACAAAGCUUGCUGAUGUAGUGAAGAAUUCUGGUUUGAUCGAUGUGAAGCCUGGUAGUGGUGGAGGAAUAGGGUUUAAGGAGGUGUUUGAGGGAGAGAGGGUUUGCAGGAUUUGUCAUUUGAAUUCUGAGCCAUCUUUGAAAGCUCAUGAUGCUACUACUAGUAAUGCUAUCGUUCUGGAUCUGAUACAGAUUGGUUGUGGGUGCAAAGAUGAGCUUGGUAUUGCACAUGCUCAUUGCGCUGAGGCCUGGUUUAAGCUUAGGGGAAACAGAAUCUGUGAGAUUUGUGGUCAGAUUGCGAAAAAUAUUACCGGUAUUGUGGAUCAGAGAUUUAUGGAAGAAUGGAAUGAGAGGAGAUUGACUGGUAGCAGCAGUAUCUCAUCAGAUAGGGGAGGAGGAUGUUGGCGCAGCCAGCCAUUUUGUAACUUCCUGAUGACUUGCCUGGUAAUAGCUUUGGUACUGCCAUGGUUUCUACGAGUAAAUAUGUUCUAGUACAUGGUUUCACAGAAAUCAGCGCUCUAGAUAUUGUUCAAAUGCAUCAUCUGUUUGGCUUCUGCGAAAAUUUGGUAGGAUUCUGCAGAUGCCUUUGUGGCUAAUACUCAAUAUCUGAGGCUCUAGAAGUCAGCCAUCUUAACUGCUAGUGCAGAAUCUUGCUUUGCUAGUGAAGUUGGCAAGGAACAAAAUCAGUCUUGAACUGGGAAAACUCUUUUUCUUCUUCGUUUUUUUUUCUUCUAAUCUUUUUAAAUUAUUCUCUUCUUUCUUUCUAUUAUUUAUAUAUACAGUGUUCUUCUGCAUAUAGAAUAUUCUUGUUUGGGGGGAAUUACACCCACAUUUCAGAUUUUCUUUUCUUUUCUUUACUUUUCUUUGAGAACCAUCUCGGAAAAUUGUUAAGCUUUUUUACAUAUUAUAGUGAAAUUUUAUUCGGAAA